AUGCCCGAGACCUCGGAUAAAUCUGAGCUUAAGGGCGAGAAAGACAACUUAAAAAGGAAAAGUAGUGGCUCUAGAAGCGAACACAUUGAAGCAAAUGUUAGAAUCAUCGAAAGAGGAGAUGGCGCCGAUGGCGCCAAAACUGACUCACAUGGUUUACAAGAGCUAGCCGCUACGCUGAGACAGGGCUUCACCCAGAUGUCUCAAGAUUUAUCCAAGACUAUUGCUGAGUCGUUCAAACAGUUUCAGUCAGACUUUGAAAUACAAUAUGUUGACACGGAGGAAGAACAGGAGGCAAAAUCUGCCGAGAAUGACCACGAGGUCAGCAAAGAGCCCCCCCAAGAAAAAACUACGAGCUUAGAAGAAGCUGUGACAAAGCUGGCUGACUCAACGGGGCUCAAAAUAUGCCUUCUAAUGAAGGAAAAUUUGAGGUACUUAACAGCUUGA